AUGGGUGCAGGUGGCUCUCCCAUGUGCCUCUCUCUUGCCUCAUUCAAGAGAAUGAGGAGCCGGCUGGACAGACCGUUACUCUGGGCUAUUUUUCUUUCUACUGCACUUCAGAACACUGCAGUGGAUUGUAAGAUGCUGAGAAAAAACGAUUUACCUUCUCCAAAGCUGAACUCAAGUAUGAAUGUGGUCAGCAUGGGCCAGAAUGUAUCUCUGUCUUGUUCCAGCAAGAACACAUCAGUGAAUGUCACCUAUUCGCUAUUUUUGGGUAGGAAACACCUACAAACCAAGAAAAGUGGACAAACUGUGACUUUUUACCUGAAGAUCUCCAAUGCCGACGAAACAGGCCCCUACAAAUGCAAAACCAAUGAUUCCAGUGGGUGGAAAUAUAGUCAGGAUUUCAACUUCACCAUCGCCAAAGAGAGCUGCCCUUCAUGUCUGCUGUCACAGCUGCUGCCAGCAGUGUUACUGGGGCUGCUGGGAAUAAUCCUAGUUCUGGUUUUCUUCAUUCGAACAAAGUACAAAAGAGGAAAAGCUCAGAGAGCGAGCCAGUCCAAGAGUUCUGGAGAUGCAGUCACGCAAGGCGAGCUGUAUGCAAACGUCUGUGAGACUCAGACAGGACAACCCCAGGAGCUACACUAUGCCAUUCCAGUCUUCAAGGAGGUGGUACCCAGGAAACAAGAGGGCCAUGCUGGUAAUAAAACGGAUUACGUCUAUUCUAACCUCACCUACUGAAGUGUGAAGAGACCGACUGCAUCCCUUGUACAAGAGACUUUCUCGUAAGCCGGUGUGUAUGGGCGAACAGCCAAUGCGCCUGGCGCUUCACAGUUUCACACCAAGCUGGGGAAGGAGGCCCCUGAAUUCACGGCCAACUGGGACUACAAAGCAAGACCCCAUCUUAAAACACAAAACUAGGCAGGUGGUGGAGACACACACCUUUAAUCCCAGCACUCAGGAGGCAGAGGCAGGUGGAUCUCUGUGAGUUCGAGGCCAGCCUGGUCUACAGAGUGAGUUCCAGGACAGACUCCAUAGCCCUGUCUCGAAAAACAAAAAACCAACCAAACAAACAAACAAAAAACAAAAACCACAAAACCAAAACUAUUGAAGCUAGUCACCAAAGUGAAUUCCUAUUUUUCACAUCUGAACACUAUUCCUUUGGCUAAUUUUGGGCAUCUAAUCUCGUCAUCUAAGUAGCCAGGCUUGAUAAUAGUUAUUAAGUAUUUGAUUUUGUGGGCGUCCAUCGUCCUCACUCUCCAACACCAUUUAUUACCUCGGGGCCCAAGAGGGGACUGUGCAGUUAAAAGCACAUACUGCUCUUUCAAGGGACAGGAGUUUGAUUUCCACAGCUCAUAGUUGCCAAUAACUUUGUUUCCAGAGGAUCCAUCACUGUCUUCUGGCAUCUGCAGGCACUGUACUCAUGCACAAACACACACCUAAACAAUUAAAAAUUAACAAGCCUACAGCCAUAUCACCCGGAACAUGCCCAAUCUCAUUUAAAAAUAAGUAAUAAAAAUUUAAAAAGUUAAAUCUAGGCCAGGCAGUGGUGGUGUAUGCCUUUUCCCAGCACUUUUCCCAGGCAAAGACAGGUGGAUCUCUGUGAGUUUGAGGCCAGUGUGGUCUACAAGAGCUAACUCCAAAUAGGCUCCAAAGCUACCUCUCUAAAACAACAAACAAACAAGAGUUAAAUCUUAGACAACAGUGCUGUUUGUAAGUGAACCAAGAGGAAUUACAAUAAUCAUCUUUCAUGAUCCCUUGCCCCCCUGCCUACCAAAGGUUCAAACACAAAACCACAAAGUGUGGCCAGGUGUGGUGGUACACAUCUUUAAUUCCAGCACUCAGGAUACAGAGGCAGGUGGAUUUCUGUGAGUUCCAGGAUAGCCAUGGCUACAUAGUGAGACCAUGUCUCAAAAAUAGGAAGGAAAAAAAAAAAGCAAGCAAGAAGAAACACACAACCAACAGCUACAAAUAAAGACCACCACAAAGCAUAAUCCCUGUCUAAAUAUAGGUGACCUUGAAAAUGGGUCUGAGGGUCUGGGGUGCUGGCUCCUCAGGAAAGAGCGCUUACUCCACAAGUAUGAGAACCUGUGUCAGGUCCCCGGCACCCACGUAAAAAGUCAGGUGUAGUUACACACACCUGUAACCCCUGUAGUAUAGGGAAGCAGACAGACCUCGU